AUGGGCUUCUUAGAGUCCAUACACCGAGCGUUGUCUUUGGUGCCAUCACCCCUGGAGGUCUUAAGUGGGAAGGUGGUACCCAAGUUUAGGUUUCUCUUGGAGGUGUGGGAUGAACUGUUCUGUGGAGAAUUGACUCAACAUAGUGCAUUAUCUUUACCUAAUGCAAUCAUGAAUGAAGGUAAAAACAAGAAGAGUGUAGUUGAAGGCUUCCAUCAUGAAAAAGCUAGUGAAGGAAGGAACAUAGAUGUUGACUAA